CUUUAAAUAGCAUUCGGCUAAACGCAAAUUAUUGCAGCGUUGUCAAGGAAACAAGAAAAACAACAUUGAACCAACACAAAAAUUAUAGUCGAAACCUCAAUUUUCCUUCCGGUGCAGUAAUCGCCAAAAAGGAUUCAUUUUAUUCUGGCCAAAUCUGUGGACUUCUCUCCGGAUGCCGCGCACCGCAAGCGGCACCACGCCUUUGGCCAACAGAUUAAAAUCUUAUUCUUACAAGUGAACAUAUACUUUCGCACAACACGGCCUUAAAUUACGCCUUAUAGCAUUUUCGAAACAGAAAAAUAUUUCAAUGAUCUUGUGGAUGCUUUGAACAUGUGGAAGCGGAGGAUGUUGUUAUCACAUGACAAAUUGAGUGUAUCAAAUAAUAACAAGCAGGAUGUAAUCUUCAAAGAGAAACUACCAAAUAAUUUGAACAAACAGUUGCCUUCAUUUAUGUAAACUAAGAUCUAGUCAAGAGUAUUUUAGCACAAAGCCACAAAAUAGCGCUCAAACAAACACAGCACCUAAAAUAAUUUAUAUACACAUACAACAACUUUAUACACACUAUAUAUACAUAUAUAUAGUACGAUACGAAUAUAGUAAUAAAGAGUAGAAAAUAAUUAACCAAAAAACUAAGAGCAACAAACAUCGAAACCGAACACGAGUGCGUGUUGUUACCAGCUAUUAUGACCACACGACUUGCAACACAGCGAAACUUUAUACUCUCAACGACUGCGAAUGUGGCGCCAAACGCGGUCGAUGCCACUGCAGCCACAUCCGGUGUCAACGCGACCGUGGACGAUGUCAAUGUUGCAACCGUGAAUGUAUUGUCAACACGUGACAUUAAGCAUGAGGAGAUCGCCACCGAAAUCGCAAAUGCUUGCUCAUCCUCGUCGAAUGCCGAGCACUUUGAAUAUAUUGAUACGACGGUGGACGUUGUGGCCGCAGCCAAUAUGGAGGAUGUCAUCACACAACAAAACAAAUUGGUGGGCAAUGAACAGAAUGAAGCCGUGGCUCUUAUCAGCGUCGUGGUGCCGAUGGAUGGCUCCGAUUCCACUGGCAGUGAGACACAUGUCAAUAUGUCAGAUUUAAGUGCAAUUAAAGAUAACGCGGACUUGUCGCAACAUGUGGCCAACGGGCAGGUGACCCUGGUGCAGGCGCAGUCAGCGGACGGUGACGAGGGCACACCGCAAUACAUUACCGUUACAGUUUCUGCGCAGGAUGCUGGCCAGAACUAUCAAGUGCAAUAUGUAGAUACAGAGUUGUAUCACGGCAAUUCCAGCCAAACCCAAAUGACGUAUCCCUUUUGCCCAGUUGGCGACUAUCAAACGAAUGGUCAAACUUAUUACUCCACGGCGGCAGGCAGCAAUUACGCAACCGCUUCGGUUGCAAACGGACCGACCACACACGCUUCGUCCCUGCCGUACCUAGUACCCGUGGAAGAGGGAUUACUGCUGAACACUUCGUCGCAAUCGCAUAGUCGCGACUCGCCGCAGAGCUUAACGGAAGUGGCUUACAUUCAGGAGGCGCAGAGUACACCGCAAACGCCCACAUCUACAACAACUACGAAUUCGGUGAGUGGCGGUAGCAUCGGCACUGGCGGCGGGGGCGCAUCGCCAGACAGCGAACAAAAUGGACUCGGCACCUCCAACAAAGUAGCCUCAGCCACGAUCAAGUGGUUGUCACGCAACUACGAGACGGCCGAUGGCGUCAGUCUACCCCGUUCCACGCUGUACAACCACUACAUACAGCACUGCAACGAGAACAAAUUGGAGCCGGUGAAUGCCGCCAGUUUCGGCAAACUAAUUCGUUCGGUGUUCUCUGGCUUGCGUACACGUCGUUUGGGCACACGCGGCAACUCGAAAUAUCACUACUAUGGCAUACGCAUCAAACCGGACUCGAUACUGAAUCACAUGAUGGACGAAAAGCCGACGUAUUCAACACAUUCCGGGAAUAGUGUAUCGACCGGCAUCGGUCAUUCUACGGCCAACGGCGGUGUAGUGUCGACCAGUGGAGGCGGCGGCAGCGGUAGUAGCAAUAUGCAGAACAAUGGCAAUCGCAGUUUGAAGAAGUUGAGCUUCAAGCCAGAAUCCUACGAAACUUGUGCACAGUAUUUGGGCGAUGGCGCUGGCGCAAUUCCCUCGUUUCCCGCCAUCGAUUUGAAUCACACCUACAGUAGUGAGCUCUCGCAUGAGGAUGUGGAGACAUUUCGCGCCAUGUACCGCGAGCAUUGCGAAUCCUUUUUGGAUGCUGUGCUGAAUCUCGAGUUCAGCACCAUUGAAUAUUUGUGGCGUGACUUUUGGCGUGCCAACGACAACAACAAUUUAGAGGAAUGUGAAGAGGAGAAGUAUCUGAGCAAGACGAAACUAUAUCUGCUAUGCCAUUGCGCAGAAGUACAAAAGUUUAUCAAAGAGGUUGACUAUCAAUUCUACCAAAACAUGGUCGAUGUAAUCAUUCCCGAUGUUCUACGCUCCAUACCGAAUGCUCUCACACAGGCCAUUCGCAAUUUCGCCAAAAACCUGGAACUUUGGUUGUGCGAAUCCAUGGUCGGCGUGCCUGAUCGCUUGGUACAAAUCAAAUCGGCCGCGGUGUCGGCAUUUUGCCAAACUCUCCGACGCUACACUUCGCUCAAUCAUUUGGCGCAAGCAGCGCGUGCCGUACUUCAGAAUAGUUCGCAAAUAACACAAAUGCUGAACGACUUAAAUCGUGUGGACUUCCAUAAUGUUCAAGAACAAGCAGCUUGGGUAUGUCAAUGUGAGCCGGCGGUAGUGCAACGUUUGGAAAAUGAUUUCAAGUCGGCACUACAACAACAAAGCUCCUUGGAACAAUGGGCGUCUUGGCUGCAAUUGGUCGUUGAUUCUGCCUUACAGGAGUAUCGUGGCAAGCCCAGCUACGCCAAGGCAGCGCGUCAAUUUCUACUCAAGUGGAGCUUUUACAGCUCCAUGGUUAUACGUGACCUGACAUUACGAUCCGCUUCCAGUUUCGGCAGUUUUCAUUUGAUACGUUUACUCUAUGAUGAGUACAUGUUUUACCUGGUCGAGCACAAAAUAGCUGAGGCACAGCAGAAGACCGCCAUAGCGGUUAUCUGCGAUCGCAUGCACAAGGAUAUUGACUUCGAGUUUGACUACCAGUUGGAGUUUAUCAGCGAGACCCAUGAACAGCAGCAGCAGCAGCAACAACAACAACAACAACAUAACUCAGUGAACAUCAACACUACUUCCUCUGUCGGCAAUCCUGCAAAGCGUCUAAAGCACGAAUGAGUAAGUGCCGCGAUAGAACUGCAGAGCGUACACCGAACGACACCCAGCAGUAUUCAAUGUAAUGAUGUUGGCGUGCUGCAGGCAAAGUUUGCCGAGUAUCUUUGCUUGUUGGCAUCCUUAUAGUGGUAGUAGUACUAGUUGUAGUCCAUAAAAGAUAGCCAUAGCCAUAGCUGCAAGAAACGCCAUUGAAGCACCAAAUAUAUACAUACAUACAUAUAUGUAAGAAUGCAAAAAUAUAAAUAAUAUUAUAUAUGCAGGCGCGUGCGCGAGAACUUGCAUUAUAUGUUUUAGCAAAGGAAUACAUUUCCAAGCAUUUAAGCAUUUAAAUAAUACAGACAUACAAAUUAAGUAACUAAUAUUAUAAAGAUUUAAUUUUUAAGUUUUUUUUUACGCAUGUUUAUUUGAAUAGAAGGCAAGUAAUUUGUAAUUGCCACCAAAUAGUGUUAAGCCGUCCAUACAUAAAGAAAAUGCCGACACCCCAAUUGUGCGUCUCUAGCGUAUGUGCUUGUGGGUGUUUAUUGAUUGUAAAGUUGUUUUUCGAAGAAUUGGUACAAUACAAUACGUAAAAAUAUACUAUGAAAAUAA